AGGAAGGGGGGAGGGGAGGAGGGGUGCGGCAGCCAGGGCCUGGGCUGGACCCCACUUGGGCAGGAGGGUGGAGAAGGUCUCGAGCACAGCCUCCGGGGAAGGGCCCCGCCAGCAGUGGGGGUGGGGCCUGCCACUCGCCUUUGGUGCCCCUGGCAGGCUCUGAUGGACGACACAGAGGAUGUGUCCUUGGACUUUGGCAAUGAAGAGGAGCUGGCCUUUCGGAAAGCCAAGGUCAGGCACCCGCUGGCCACCUUUUUCCACCUGUUUUUCCGAGUGAGUGCCAUCGUCACCUACGUGUGCUGUGACUGGUUCAGCAGAAGCUUUGUGGGCUGUUUUGUCACCGUGCUUCUCCUUCUGUCCUUUGACUUCUGGUCUGUGAAGAAUGUAACUGGAAGGCUCAUGGUAGGCCUCCGCUGGUGGAACCAGAUAGAUGAAGAUGGGAAAAGCCACUGGAUUUUUGAAGCCAGAAAGGUCUCUCCAAAUGGUAUGGCUGCCACAGAAGCUGAGGCCCGGAUCUUCUGGCUGGGCCUUAUUAUCUGCCCAAUGAUUUGGACCGUGUUCUUCUUCAGCACUUUAUUUUCCUUGAAGCUAAAGUGGCUGGCCCUCGUGAUAGCUGGGAUUUUUCUCCAAGCCGCUAACCUGUAUGGCUACAUCCUUUGUAAGAUGGGAGGCGAGAGUGACAUCAGCAAAGUCACAGCCAUGUUCCUGUCCCAGACGGUGUUCCAGAUGGCUUCUCUUCAGAGGCAGCAGUGGCUGAAGCCAGAGGUUCUCUAUUCAGAUAAGCUUCCAGGAGAGAAUUCUACGACCUGCAAGCCAUUGGCUUUUCAGUGAAGAAGGCCUCAGGGAGAGGUUUGAGGAGACGUUUUUAUUUUUAAAACGGCACAUUUGUAAAGAACGCCCUUUACAUAUGUUCUAAAGAAAAGUGUACAAAUAUUAAGGUGAUUAAAGUGUCUCUGAAAAAGUGACUUCACACCA